UCUGCCUGACUGUGCCCCGCUGCGUCUACAGGGGCAACAUUGACUCUUUGGUCUCCCUGAAAGUGUGUUCAAAGGACGCGAAGGUUGAAUAACGUCAAAGGAGGCGUCUAUGCAUUCAGAUCUCACCUUCGCACCUUAGCCUUCAACCAGUCGUUUUCACAAUCUCAUUUAAGAAUGGCUUGGUCCAAGAAACAGCUGCUCCUGGCGCUGGUCAUGGUCACCACCGGCUCGAUCAACACCUUAUCCACCAAGUGGGCUGAUCUCCAGACGUCAGAGAACCGCCAGGGUCACGAGACCGCGUUCAAACAUCCGUUCUUCCAGGCCGCUGGGAUGUUCGUAGGGGAGACCAUGUGUAUGUUGGCCUUCUUCAUCCAGCGAGCAGUGGUACGACACCGCUCCCGAAACUCCAUGGAAAUGUCUUCGGAAUCCUUGAGAACUGAGGACUUCCCGCCUUUUAUCUUCUAUAUACCAGCCAUUUGCGACAUGACGGCCACAUCCCUCAUGUACGUCGGCCUCAACCUCACCUUCGCCAGCUCAUUCCAGAUGCUGCGAGGUGCCGUGAUAGUGUUCACAGGCCUGCUCUCCGUGGCCUUCCUGGGCCGCCGCCUCCGCUACUUCCACUGGAUUGGAAUCUUCACCGUCCUCCUCGGCCUCAUCAUCGUGGGUCUCUCGGACUUCCUCACCUCAGACACGGGAGAUAACGCGGAUAUAAACGGCAUAAUCACAGGCGAUCUACUCAUCGUGAUUGCCCAGGUGGUGACGGCGACACAGAUGGUGGUGGAAGAGAAGUUUCUGUACAAGUAUAAUGUGCCUCCCUUACUAGCAGUCGGUUGGGAAGGUUUGUUCGGGUUCAUAACACUAUCCAUCCUUCUGAUACCCAUGUACUACAUCCCCGUCGGGGCAUUCAGCGGCAACGAGCGAGGGGUCAUGGAGGAUGCCAUAGACGCCUUCGUGCAGCUGGGGAACAACGGGCUCCUUCUGCUGGCCUUCCUGUUGAACGUCUUCAGCAUUGCCUUCUUCAACUUCGCCGGCGUGAGCGUGACGAAGGAGCUGUCUGCCACCACGAGGAUGGUGCUCGACUCCAUUCGCACGCUCGUCGUCUGGGUCUUCUCUAUCAUGCUUCAGUGGGAGAGCUUCCAAUACCUACAGCCGGUCGGGUUCCUGGUGCUGGUGGUGGGCAUGAUGACGUACAACGACGUGAUCAUCUUGCCCUUCCUGCGUCGCCGAGGCUGCGUCAACGACGCUCCUGCUGACCCUCCUCCCGCAACAAUUUCUCCAGCCGCGCAGAAACGGACGCAGCCUCCCGGCCAGGACGUGGUGGACAACAACUCCCGGGUUGACCCUUUUUAGAAUUCCGCAAAUGUCAGCGCAUGCAUGUAUGUGCUCUUAUUGCUUUACAUUAAAUUGACUCUGUAAUGCUCACA